UCGACUUAAUUGUGGGGGAGAAUGGCGGUGUUGUCUGGCGGUCUGGCGUUCUCCUGAAAUAACCACGAAAUUAUGGCAAAUACGGGAUAAAACAUUAUUUCAACGACUUUUUGUGAAUACGUGAGGGAAAAUAGUCGAGUGUUACGUAUUGUCGGUUAUAUUUGAGUUCAUAUAGACUAGUGAGAAAGGAUUUGUUUGUGAUAAUGGAUCAGGCACCUUCAGACAACGAGUUAAGAAAAAUCAUCGACAAACUAGCUCAGUUUGUUGCUCGGAAUGGACCAGAGUUUGAGCAAAUGACAAAGAACAAGCAGAAAGACAAUCCAAAAUUCAGUUUCUUGUUCGGUGGAGAGUACUUCAACUAUUACCAAUACAAAGUGACGACAGAACAAGCGAUUUUAAAGCAAAAGGAAAUAAAUCCAAUGCAAAAUGCAGAUCCACGUUUAAACGUUUCGCAGCAGCAGCAGCAAGUAACAGGCCAACCAGUUGCCCAGCUCAAUAAUGUCACCCUAAACAGCCAGAACAACGGUUUGAGCCAAGUUGGUGCUGUUGGUGUGAUACAAACGAUACAGAAUGCAGUGCCACCUGCUGGUAUUGGAGCUGUUGGGGGUGUGAUAAGUGGUAAUCCACCAAUGGGUGGACCCUGUCCUGGUGUUGGUAUCAAUGGGCCACCAGCCUGGUUGCAAAACGAAUUGCAAAAUCUACAGACACAGCAGGCUGCACUACAGGAACAGGUGAAGCAGUCUGGAGUUAAUUUGGGGGCACAGCAUGCUUCACUUAUGGCGCAGCAGCAGGGAAGAGUUGAGGAGGCUGUGAGGCAGGCACAGGAAACAGCACUCCAGAGCUCGGCGCAGACAACAGAUACUAAUCUCAUCGCUUUUGAUGCCGUUCUUCAGCCUAUUAUUGACAGUUGUACUAAGGACAGUAUCAGUACGGGAAAGGCAUGGAUUUUACAGUACAGCAUCACACCUGCGAGCAAUCAGGUCAUUGCCGAGCAUUUAUUGAAAAGGGUGAUUCAGAGUACAACUUUCAAUCAGAAACUUCACAUUAUUUAUUUGGUUAACGACGUCUUGCAUCAUUGUGCUAGAAAAAAGACAGGUGACCUCCGCAAAGCAAUGGAAAAUGUUGUUGUUCCCAUGUUCUGCAACACAUCAUUAGCAGCGACUGAUGACCAAGUAGCAAAAUUAAACAAAUUGUUGAGCCUCUGGGAGUCAAAGAACAAUUACUUCGACGAGGGAAUUAUUGAGAAACUUAAGCAGCCCAGUACCUCGUGGUCUGAUUAUCAAGCAGGUCUUGUGUCACAGUUUGCUAGUGCCAUCACUCCCAUCACAACGACCACCAAACAGACUUAUGAUAAUUAUCAGGCACAGCAUCAGGCGUUCGUCGAGCAUGCGAAGAAUCAAAUUGCUAAUAUUGAACAACGAAAAAGAGCAAUUGAACAGCAGCUUAUGGCACCUGCACCUCCGCCAAUGCCACCAAUGGUGCCGAAUCAGCAGAAUAUGAGUAUGCCACCGAGUCACACAGGCCCACCACCUCCAAUAGCCGGUGAUCUGAAUUUUACUCAACCACCACCAGGAUGGGGUGUGCCACAGCCACCGGGACCACCUCCAUUUGCAACAGUACCACUGCCAGAUCUAUCAAAGCCACCACCCGGCUUUGGACCACCUCCAGUGAUACAUGAGCCCUCGGUUGAGGAUCUCAUGCCCAGUAUGCCUUAUUUUGAGCUGCCAGCUGGCCUCAUGGUUCCACUCAUCAAGCUUGAGGAUGGGGAUUACAAGCCACUGGAUCCUGAUGCCAUCAGGCUACCCCCACCAGCGCCACCUAGUGAUCGACUCGUGGCUGCGGUCGAGGCAUUCUAUGCACCACCAAAUCAUGAUUCUCCCCGGGAUAGUGACGGAUGGGAAAAACUCGGUCUCUACGAGUACUAUAAAGCGAAGAACGUAGCUCGUAAGCGAAAAGAGGAGGACAUACUGUCGGGUGCUCGUGAAAAAUCGCGAUCGCCCUCACCAAUACUUCGGGCUCGCUCGAAAAGCCCGAGUCCACCAAAGAAACGUUACAGAAGUAAAUCGCGUUCACGAUCACGAUCGAGAUCACGAGGUCGCAGUAAAUCGCGCUCACCCACUGCUAAUCAUCGUCGAAAUAGUCGCACCGGUGCGCACAGUGCACACAAUAGCAGAAGUCGAAGGAGACGAAACAGUAACAAGGAGAGAAGCCCGGAUAGAAGGAGUGACAGGGAACGAAGUCCAACGCCUCCUAGUUUUCUGGGAUCAACAUACAGCAAAGGACCUGUCGAGUCUUCCCUCGAUGAGAGCAACAAGGGCCAUCAGUUGCUGAAGAAGAUGGGCUGGGGUGGGGCGGGUCUGGGGGCCAAUGAGCAGGGAAUUGAGGCGCCGAUUUCUGGGGGAGAAAUCAGGGACCGGAAUGAUCAGUACAAAGGGGUUGGCAUCAAUCUCAACGAUCCUUAUGAGAACUUCAGGAAGAGCAAGGGACAGGCCUUCAUCACGAGAAUGAAGGCUAGGGCUGAGGAGAGGGCUGAAGAAAGAGGGGACAGGGAAUAAGGGGUAGAGGAAGUGGUGGUGCCAAGUGAAAGACAGAUUCGCUAAUUUUGGAAAUUGAUUUUGGCAGAGUUUCGAGGUGCAAAAAAAAUUUGGAGGAACCAUCUGUUUGAAGUGGUAAAAGGUCAGUGAACUUAAGACUCAUGAGGAAACCGUCCAGUCAAAUAUGUUACGUGUGUCGAAGUAGGUGAGAGACAGUUGGGACGAUUUCCUCUUCAGAUAAACUUUGAAGGAAGAUUUGCGAAUUAAAUCUUGAUGAUUUUUUUGUGAACACGUUCUUUGAUGCAUCAACAAAUUCUGUCAUAAAUGUCAGAGAGCCCGAAGAGCCGCAACAAUUAUGAUAAUUUCUAAAAUAAAAUAGAUCAUUCGACCCUUGCAUCUACAUUACCAACGCAUCGGCAAUAUAGGAAAUGAAAAUUUCGUAAUAUUUUCAUUGUUACAAUUCUUCAAGGCUAUCGCAAAUUUUUUAAGACAUUAAAAAAGUUUUCGGGGAUGUUUUUAUAAAAAAAUCAUUGAUUUUUAGAGCUUUUAUUUUCUUCCUGACCAAGCCGUAAACCUCUUAAAAGACGUAGUCAAAUUUAUCUCAGGAAGUCCUCCACAAAAACUUUUAUUUCUCAAAUUUGGUGUUUCUUCCUUAGAAUUCAGAGAGAUUUCGUAAAAUAUCAGUUAAGAGCCAAGUCGAUUCACUUUCUUCAUCAUUUUCGUGCGGAAAUCGUUAAUGAGCUUCACGGAAAUAUGAUGGAGGCAUUUUUUGUAGAGAGAAUGGAAUACGAGGGAAAAGUUUUCCAUGAGAAUUUUUUCAUUUUCCUCCAUUUUGUCGGAAAUUCCCUGAAAACUUUCACUGUUCUUCCUGGUUUAUCGUACAGCAUGGAUUAAUGAGCGUUGCAUUCCGGUUAUCAUUAACACGAUUGAAGAUUUAUUGGUGAGCUCAGAGAGUAACCAACACGUGGGGGAAAAUUUGUAAUUAUAAACUUUGAGGAUAUUAGAAGUACUGUUUUUACGAUUAGAUUAAUCAAUCGGGAGUUUGAUGAUCGGGAUUUUUUGGAGCUGAGUAUGAUUGUAAAUACUCGAAUGAGAUGAGAUGGACGUAAUGUACAAAGAAUUAAUUAUUGUUCAAUAAGAAAGAAGGAACUUAAUUUUA